AUGUCCUGUGUCCCUCCCACAACGUCCUCACGACCUGAGAGGCUGCUUUACGUUGCUGCUGCAGGCACCGCCGUCUUUUCUUGGGGCGCGAACAACACCAACGAUGCUCUCGUAUCACGCACAGCGACCUUUGGGGACCGCCUUGGCGACCAGCAUGCCCGCCUCUCGCUGCACCGCUACGCACCGCAUGGCACGCAUCAGGGCGUGCGGAUGCCGUGGAGCGCACUCUCACGUCCUCGACUUUUCAUCGACAAGAACCCGGUUCAGCAAAUAGAGAAGCGAGAAUCCCAGCCGUUUGACGCCUCCUGCUCCCUGUUGAGCCCUCGUCAAUGCUGGACGACUCCGAGCCCCCCGAGUCCCCAAGUCCUAUUCUUGCAACAAUAUCAAUCCGUGCUGCCCUCAACUUUCUCGAUAUAA